AGCAGACUAAUUUUUACCCCCUUGACUUGGUGUCUUGGAAUAAGACUAAUGAAGCACUUACGUGCGCAAUAAAAACGUGACAAAUAAUUCUUCAGUCCCACAUGCACACUUUCAGGUUUGUCAUCGUAGCGGAGACUUGAUUUAUUCGAAGUCUUGUUUAUUUUUUGAAUUUCUCAUCAAAAUGUCGAAGACAGUGCGUAAGAAAAGGAAGGAGCAGGGACUGAAGAAGUCGAACAGUAGUACGAACCCCGAUCGAGCCAAAGGAGCAGGUGGAAGCAACAUGAGGGACCGUUCUACAAUUAAGAGAUUGGAGAUGUAUCGUAAAGGAAAACCAAAAAGAAAUCGGAAGGGUAAAAUUGUGCAAGCAGCUCCGUUCCAAUCUCGGUUGAAGUCUGGUACAGUUGCCCGAGUAGAGCCUAAUAGAAAAUGGUUUGGCAAUACCAGGGUGGUAUCCCAGAAUGCCUUGCAGACCUUUCAGGAGGAGCUUGGGAAGGCUAUCAAAGAUCCAUAUCAGGUGGUCAUGAAGCAGACCAAGCUACCCAUUACUCUAUUACAAGAAAAGGCUAAGUACAACCGUGUUCACCUAUUGGAUACCGAGAGCUUUGGGUCUACAUUCGGCCCAAAAAAACAAAGAAAGAGAGUCAACAUGAAAGUUGCUGAUGUAGAGUCUUUGUUGAAAUCUGCCGAGGAAUCCAAUGAGAAGUAUGACGUGGAGAAGGACAGGGAUCUGGUCUUCGAUGACCAGGGCGUUCGUGAUGAAGUCAAAGAUUGGAUAUUCUCAGCGGGCCAGUCUAAGAGAAUAUGGAAUGAACUUUACAAGGUGAUAGAUUCUUCUGAUGUUCUGGUCCAAGUCCUUGAUGCCCGAGAUCCAAUGGGAACUAGAUCCAAGUACAUUGAAAACUACCUCAAGAAAGAAAAACCUCACAAGCAUCUCAUAUUUGUCCUCAACAAAGUGGAUCUUGUUCCAACGUGGGCUACAAAACGAUGGGUAGCCAUUUUGUCGCACGAUUAUCCGACUUUAGCCUUCCAUGCCAGCAUGCGAAAUCCAUUUGGGAAGGGCGCCCUCAUACAGCUUCUAAGGCAGUUUGGCAAGCUUCACAUUGACAAGAAGCAGAUCAGUAUUGGCUUCAUUGGGUAUCCUAACGUUGGCAAGAGUUCUAUCAUCAAUACACUCAGGAAUAAGAAGGUCUGCAAUGUUGCACCGAUUGCAGGAGAAACUAAGGUGUGGCAGUAUAUCACAUUGAUGAGAAGAAUAUUCCUGAUAGAUUGUCCUGGUGUGGUGUACCCAUCUGGAGAGACGGAGACAGAGAUUGUCCUCAAAGGAGUGGUGAGAGUGGAGAAUGUAAAAGGCCCUGAAGACUACAUAGCUGAGGUUUUGAGACGGGUUAAACCAGACUAUGUUCAGAAGACCUACCGCAUCUCGGAAUGGGUGGAUUAUAUUGAUUUCCUAGAGAAACUAGCUCAACGCACUGGGAAACUGAACAAGGGUGGUGAGCCUGAUGUGAGCACUGUAGCCAAGAUGGUCCUGAAUGACUGGCUUCGAGGAAAAAUACCUUUCUUUGUUAAACCACCAAACUGUGAACAGGAUCCCAAGGACGAUACAGGUAAGACGAAUCAAGCCAAGAAAAUCAAGGAAACGGUGGCCAAGGAAACAGUUGCUAAGGAGGAUGCCAACUCUAAAAAGAAGAAGGGAGGCGAAAUCCGAGGAGUGAAACAGGACCUUAGCAAAGUCAACAUCGGACCGGACUUCGCCGGGGAUGACCUGAAACCUGAGGACAUCGACGAUGAGGAGGAUGAGACAACGGAAGGACAGGAACCAGUGGAGGAGGACGAGAUGGAGAACGAUGAUGAGGACAUGGAGAGAGACGACGAUGAAGAUGAAGAGUUAGGAGAAAGCAUGAUAGAAGAUGGACAGAAGGAAGGAAAGAAGGAAACUUCAAAUGAAGCUGCAUCAUCAUCACCCGUGAAACAGUCAUCUAAGAGGACUAGAAAAGAGGAAGCAAAGACCGGAAUCUCAUACGGUGCUAAUGUCUUCCUGAACUCUAAGAAUAAGAAACUCUUGGCCAAAGCGAAGAUUGAAAAGAAAAGGGAAGCCAUGUUGAAAAAGAGAAGUGAAAUGGAACAAAGUGAGGAUCAAAACAAGCCGAAGAAAGCCAAGAAACCUCAACCGAUCGGGUCGUACUGUCCUCUUGGGAGCAGUGAUGAAGACGAUGUGGGUGAUUUGAGGAGAAAGAAAAAGAGAUACUUUGAAGAGGAAAAACCAGGAAAGAAAAAACUUACAUCCAAACAGAAGCGAAGCAUAGAGAGAGCACAGAAGAGCAAGAAGGUUGGUCAUCAUUACUACGCUGAGAAGAACGUCAAGAAUAGAAACAGAUCAAAAAGAGACAAAUGAAGAUCCUUAGAAUCUGUUCAUAUUAGUUAAGAACUUUGAUUGAAUUGGAGAUUGGUGGUUUGAGCUGGAAUGCACCCCAGGGAGUGUAGAAGGCGCAUAUAUCAAUUGCAGGCAAGCCAGAAUCCGAUGACUGGGGUAUUAAGGCCACCACUCACCUUACAACCCAACUGAUCUGCAACUGAGUGAAGGGAGAUGAAUCGCAUGGUAGUCAUUACUCUACACCGCACACCUUGUGAUCCGACUGCGCUGCCUUCUGCGACACACACAUGCGCUUUUUACCAUUGCAGCCGAGAAAAUUAUGUGUUUGCACGUUGCAUUUAAUGUACGCGUCGCAACUCUGCUGUCGGAUUGGCUGCAUGUUGGACUGAGCUUGCGAUCCAGUGACCGGCCUGCAACUCUCAAGCUGACAAGAGCUGUGAUGUCACGUUUCCCCUCACUCAAUCGCAGACCAGUUGGGUCGUAAGGCCUGCGGUGGCCCUAAGAAUUAUGGUCCUGGUGCCCCUAACACAAUGCGUAGCAAUCCUCGUAGAACAUUUUUUAUUAUCGAUUGCAUUGACUACAUUGUACAGUCAGUCGGGGAAAAUCAAGCGUACGAUUAAUCGCCAACAUAUGUGUGACAGAACCCUGGUGUAGGAAUGAAACAAAAUUUCAACACUAAUAAUAAUAAUAAUAGCGGCAUAUUUACCCAGGGUAGCCACUUCAGUUCCG